AUGAUUUCUAAGGCCCCCAUACUACACAUACCUUGUUGUGUUUCAGGUCCUCGGGGUCCGCCAGGUUUGAAAGGCGAGAAAGGGAACAAACCAGUCCCAGCAGUUCCAGGUGUACCAGGUAUACCCGGAUUAAACGGUGAACAUGGAUUGCCAGGAAGCAAGGGGGAAAAAGGUAGCCGGGGAAUUAUGGGAUUGUCAGGUGAACUUGGUGAAAAGGGAGCACAAGGUUCUCCAGGUGUUCAAGGAAUCAAAGGCGUUCAAGGCCCUCCAGGUAAUAGAGGACUGAAAGGCGAAAAGGGUGAGUCGUAUGUUAAGCCUAAACAUGGCUAUG